AUGCGGGCUCUUCAGCCGACCGCUCUGAUCGCACUAUGCAUCACAGGCAUCCAUGCGCAACUUCUCGGCCCUGUAUACCCAGCACCCCGAGACCUCAGCUCCAAAGAAAGCCAUGUCUCUUCCAGCUGGCGCAAUGUCACCGCCACCUUGGACAAAAUCCUAUCCAGCAAGCUGAAUGCCACAGCAGCCCAGUCGACUCUAUUGAAAGAUCUGACCUUCUCCGUGGGCAUGUUCUCUGUCCACGACAGUGAAGCGUCCACCUUGCAAUACCACCAUACCAGCCCGGAAGUCGCCAACUCCACUGCCGGCGUGAGCAAAGUAGACGGGGACAGCAUCUACGGCAUCGCCAGCGGCACCAAGGCAUUCACCGUCCUCGCCGGCCUCCUCGAACUCGACCCUCAAGACUGGAACCGUCCGCUGACAGACAUCUUCCCCGCGUUCGCCGACUACAUCCACGACAAGGAACAUACGGACCCUGCGCGGAAUGUCCAGUGGGACAAGAUCACGCUCAGCGCCAUCGCCGCCCAGAUUGGAGGAGUCCCUCGUGGAACCAUCCCCUUCACUCCAGGCGACAUCCUGCUCAACUACCUCGUCGCCCAAAGCACCGGCACUCUCACGCCAAAGACCGAUCCGGCCACCUACGGCCUCCCACCGGUCAAUGCCUCCGAUCCUUCUAUCAUCCCUCCAUGUGCCAGCGACGGCCACUGCACGGGAGAUGAAUUCGCCGAAGCCAUGGCGGACGAAUACCCCGUCUUCCAGCCCUGGGCUAGCCCAGCCUACGCCAACAACGGGUUCAUCCUCCUCGGCCAAGCGAUCGCCAACCUGACAGGCAAGCCCCUCGCCCAGAUCUACCAGGAGAGCAUCUUUGACCCGCUGGGGAUGUCCUCGUCGCGGGCCUCUCCGCCCCCCGAGUCCGACUACCCCCGCUACGUCAUCGCAGGCGACCCAGCAGCCUCCAUCGCAAACGACCCCGGCAUCGCCGUCUCCUCCGGCGGUCUGUUCAGCUCCACGAACGACUAUGCCAAGUUCGGCGUCGCCGUGCUCAACUCGACUCUCCUUCCUGAAGAACAGACCCGGCGCUGGAUGAAGCCCGUGAGCCACACGGCACAUCUGCGGUACUCCGUUGGCGCGCCGUGGGAGAUCUACCGCUACACGCAUGCUUCUGGCGCCGUCACCGAUAUUUAUACCAAAUCGGGUGACUCGGGCUUCUACAGCAGCUACAUUGUUCUUCUGCCGGACUUCGACGCCGGGUUCAGCGUCAUCAGCUGCAGCUCCAAGACCUCCCGGUCCGCGGGGACUGCCCUCGUCGCCGAUAUCGUGUCCGAGAUGGUGCUUCCUGCGCUGAUGGACGAGGCAGCACGCGAAGCGCAGCGUGGUUUUGCGGGAACGUACGUUUCCACGCAGGCGGGACUCAACUCGUCCAUCACCUUGUCCGUGCAGAACGCGCCAUCGGCGGCACCGGGUCUGGCGCUUACCUCCUGGAUCAGUAAUGGGACCGAUGUAUUGCCUCUCCUGCCUAGCUUUGGACUCUCCGCCAAGGCGCGGUUCGUUCCAACGAUCCCGCUCUCCGUCUCCGUCGAUAGAGGGUCAUGCGUCAGCGAUGUGCAGCCUGCCCGAGAGAUGGGGAUAGAUGGAGAUAUCGGACAUACGGUCAGCGUGACAUAUAUAACCCCUCACCACGCACGUAGACUCUCUCCCCAACAUCCCUCCCAUCAUUUAUUGAUCAUUAAAUCCACCAUGAAAUACGUCCAACUCGGCAACACGGGCCUCCGCGUCUCGCGCAUCUGCGUCGGCUGCAUGAGCUACGGCGAGCCCGGCAAGCAAUUCACCUGGUCGCUGCCGGCCGCGGAAGCGCUGCCCGUGCUCGACCACUGCUACCGGCAGGGGCUCAACUUCUUCGACACGGCCAACAUCUACUCGAACGGCGACUCGGAGGUGAUCCUCGGGCGCGCGAUCAAAGAGUACAACUGGCGGCGGGAGAGCCUGGUCAUCGCGACGAAGGUGUUCGCGCCGGUCGCGCGCGACGGCGACAACCCGAUGGCCAUGAGCGAGGACGCGCGCGACAACGCCGGCUACGUCAACCAGUACGGGCUGAGCCGGAAGCACAUCUUCGAGAGCGUGGAGGCCAGCCUGCGCCGGCUGGACCUGCCGUACGUCGACCUGCUGCAGAUCCACCGGUUCGACCCGCACACGCCGGCCAAGGAGACCAUGGAGGCGCUGCACGACGUCGUCAAGGCCGGCAAGGUGCGCUACAUCGGGGCGUCGUCGAUGUUUGCGCACCAGCUGCUCGAGUACCAGUACACGGCCCGGCUGCAUGGCUGGACGGAGUUUGUGUCCAUGCAGAACCUGUAUAAUGCGGUCUACCGCGAGGAGGAGCGCGAGAUGUUCCCGGCGUGCGCGAAGUUCGGCAUGGGCAGCAUCCCGUGGAGUCCGGUGGCGAUGGGGUUCCUGGCGCGGCCGUGGCGGGCGUUUGCGGACACGGCGCGUGGUGAUGCGCUGGGGCAGGGCAUGAUGGGGCAUAAGUUUACGGAGACGGAUCGCAGGAUUAGUGAGAGGGUCGAGGAGAUUGCGGGCAAGCGGGGGGUGUCGAUGGCGACGGUGGCGCUGGCGUGGUGCUUGUCCAAGCCUUUCAUUACUGCGCCCAUUGUGGGCAUGAGUAAGAUUGAGCGUGUGGAUGAGGCUAUCCAGGCGAUUGAUUUUGAGCUCUCGGAAAAGGAGAUUCAGAGUAUUGAUGAGUUGUAUGAGCCGAAGGGGAUUAUUGGGCAUAAGUAG